AUGGCCAGCUUUUUCGACAUCAAGGCCAGGAAGGCCGCCGCCGCCAAUGGCGCAGGCAAACAAGAGAAAAAGACGUCAGACACACCACGAGCGCAGCCCUGGGUAGAGAAGUAUCGUCCAAAGAGCCUCAGCGAUGUCACCGCCCAAGACCACACAAUCACCGUCCUGCAACGGACCCUGCAGGCAUCCAAUCUCCCUCACAUGCUCUUCUACGGGCCGCCCGGUACUGGAAAGACAUCCACAAUCCUUGCCCUCGCCAAGGAACUAUAUGGCCCUGAGUUCGUGAAACAGCGUGUUCUCGAGCUCAACGCGUCUGACGAACGCGGCAUUUCCAUCGUCCGGGAGAAGGUCAAAGACUUUGCGCGCAUGCAGUUGACCAACCCACCUCCGGGAUACAAAUCUCGUUAUCCCUGCCCGCCGUUCAAGAUCAUCAUCCUCGACGAGGCCGACAGCAUGACGCAGGACGCACAGAGCGCGCUGCGACGGACGAUGGAGACAUACAGCAAGAUUACACGGUUCUGUCUGAUCUGCAACUACGUUACCCGCAUAAUCGACCCCCUAGCGAGUCGGUGCAGCAAAUUCCGCUUCAAGAGUUUGGAUCAGGGCAAUGCGAAGAAGAGGCUGGAAGAGAUUGCGGAGAAGGAGGGCGUCCAGCUGGACGAUGGGGCAGUGGAUGCGCUCAUCAGGUGUAGCGAGGGUGACCUGCGGAAAGCCAUCACUUUCUUGCAGAGCGCGGCGCGGCUAGUUGGCGCAAUCGCCACAAAGAGUGAUACUGAGGGUGACAGUAUGGAGGUGGACACGAAGCCGGUGACUGUGAAAAUUGUGGAGGAUAUCGCUGGUGUGAUACCCAGCGCCACUAUCGACAGGCUGGUAAAAGCGAUCAAGCCACGCUCAUCUGGAGAGGCAUACGCAGCGGUGUCGAAGGUUGUGGAGGACAUGGUCGCGGAUGGAUGGAGUGCCGGGCAGGUGGUCACCCAGCUCUACCAGGCGAUUAUUUUGGACGAGACUGUUCCGGACAUCCAGAAGAACCAGAUUGUGCUGGUCUUCUCUGAGGUCGACAAGCGUCUGGUCGACGGUGCCGACGAACACCUCUCGAUACUAGAUCUCUCACUCCGCAUAUCAACCAUCAUGGCUGGACGGUAG